AUGUUAGCUUCAGACAAGGUUAGCAGUAGUCCUGAAAGUGGCCAUCGUAUAAAAAGGAAUCUUCUAACAAAUAUAAAUCUGUACAAUUUUGAAAGCACAGAAGCGAAUAAUUCCCCGUACAUACUAACAAGUCCACGAUCUCUAAAAGCUUGCAGUUCGGCAAAUAUCAGGCCCAUCGAAUUACUGCAUAGAAGCGUGUCAGAAAUAGCGAAAGAUUUAAAUCUGCCUAUUCAAAGUGUUCAUCAUAUCUACGAAGAUUACGAACGAGAACGAAUAAGAAAAUUGGAAAUAUGCAAACUCGUCAGAAAACACAUGUUGCAAAAUUGCGAAACAGAUCAAGUUCAAAAAUUCCCUACACAAUCUUCACCUAAUAUAUUUCCAAAUCGAGAGACAAUUUCAAGAUCAUCGUGCUAUUCUAGAGGAGAUGAAACUCCUGAAUUUUUAUUUUUGAGAGAGAGAAAAUCUCGAAGUCCAUUUUCAACACCUGCUACACCGGUUUCCCAUUACAGAUCUUUCAAGAAAGAAAAAAACCAACUGUUACGUUGUAAUUUAUCAAGCAGCAGCAGCAGUAUUUCAUCGGUUACAGUUAAUUCGAAUGAAAAACAUACACGAUCUAAAUCAGUUGAUUGCGAAAAAUACAAAAAAUACGGAUCUAAAAAAUUAAUCAGAAGAAAUACAACGAACGUAAAGAAAAAAUCAAAUAAAUACGGUUCAAAAUUGAAAAACGAAAUUGGUAAAAAAUAUCAAAUGUCGGAAGCCGAAAGAAUGAAUGAUCAACAAUUAUGUUGGCAAAUUGAUAACGUGAAAAAAUCCUCUACCCUUUUCGACAACCAGAAAAACACUUCAAAAAACACCGGAGGUGUGAUCGAAACAAAAAAAUCAAAAAACAAGCAAAACAUGGCCGAACAAAACAACUUUAUUCAAAAUUGCGAAAAGGCAAUUAACAGUAAACAAGAUUGGAUGAAAUCGCCGAAAAUUAAAAAAGGAACUCAAAACGUAACGAAAUGUGCUUCAAAACCCACCGUAGAGUUUGAAAAUGAUGUAAAAAAAUCAAACGACAAGUUUAACGAAUCAGUAAGAAAUCGUGACUUUGAAAAAGACAAGAAAGUGAACGAAAAACAAAUCGAAGAUUGCGAUGGAUUGAGUGGAUUAAAAAAUCACGAUCUGCGAAUACUUGAUGCAAUGGCUUUGAAACGCGAAUUACAAAAGACCCAAGAUGAUUUCGCGCAAAGAGCUCGCAUUGUGUGGUCUUCGCCGUUGAAUGAGCUACCAUCGAGUUCAAAACAGAAACAUUUGUCUGAAAUAAAUAACGACUGCAAACAACAACAAAAACCCGAUUGUUGCCAUAUUCCCGAAAGCAUAACUUUUGACACUUAUUUCAAUCAUAUAAGAAAUAAAAUGAAACAGCUGAAAGAAGAUAGUUUACACAAAGAAUUACACGGCGAACACGUUCGACAAUUGGCCAGAGAACUGCAACUAGGUAUGGAACAAUGGCAAGAUCAAGUAUUACUCUUACAAUGGCAAGCUUUACAACGAGCUCGUACCAAUGCAAAACUACACAUUGAAAACAAACGCUUAAAAACGCAAUAUGAAAACAAUGAAAGAGCUCUGUUACACGCGCUUCGUUUAAAAAACAUUCAAAACAUGGAACGACUGAAAAAAAUCCAUAUGAAAAAAGAGAUCGAAGAAAAGGACGGCAAAAUAGAAAAACUCAAGAUGAAAAGAGAACGUGAAAUACUCGACUGUAGAGCUCAGGCAUAUUACACAGCAGAACUUCGAGAACAGUUGAGAAGAACAUUAACGCCAGAAACAUUCGACCAAAAAGUAAACGAUGUAAUAGUGAAGACAAGAUUUACCAAUCGUUCUCUGACAGCAAGUCCUUUUGUCGAAUCACACAUUCGUCUGGGUUAAUGCUGAAUUUAAAAAUCUGUCGAAUUAAGAAAAAAAUAAUAAUAAAUCAACUAAAACAAA